AACGUUCUGAAGUUGCGGAGAUUGUGGAUCGUGGUUAUCUUCAUUCAAGUUCUUUUCUUUUGGAGAUUUGGAGAGUUGACUCCUCCACGAUUUUAGAAUAUCUUGAUAAAUAAAAGAAAUGUCGAUGCAAAAUUUCUUCAAGCGUUAUCUGCCAGUAGUUAAGGCGGACGAGGGAGAGGAAGAGGAAUUGGUGGAUCCACAAACAGUCCUUCGUGAGGAAUGCGAUCAACUACCAAAAUGUGUCAGUUUAAAAGAGAAGUUAGACACAUGCAACAACCGUGUCAAUUCAAGAUCUCACACAGAGGAAACCUGUCUGGAGGAGAUUUUGGAUUACGUGCAAUGUGUAGAUCAUUGCGUUGCGAAAACUCUGUUCAGUAAACUCAAAUAAUUGCACAAUACUCCCAUAAAGAGCUAAACUGUUUGCAAUGUUAAAGCUAAACAUUUCUCUCAAGCGUUGUAUAUAUAUAUAUAUAUAUGUAAUCAAAUACUAGCAAUAAAAGAUUAAUUAUUACAGA